CAGGGCGACCCGACUCUACGGCUGCGUUGCUUCCGACAGUGACCGUCCUGGAUGCGAUCGACGACCUUCCCGCCUUCGACUGGAAGGACCCGCACCUGAUCUACGCUGGACCAGACGAGAUCGAGCAGACAAGCCAACAACAGGGCAUCCCGCAGCUCGAAGUCAGCUCAGGAAUAGCAACUGGCUCUGUCGCUGCGCAGUACAGCAAGCGACCAUCAAACUCAUUUCAAGAGCGCAUGCGCGUCUUUGCAGGCCACAUGACACGAUCAGUCUCACAACAUCAGACGUCCGGCCCAAGCGCCACGGAUGUGGAACAGGUGGUCAACGUCGCCUUGCGUCCCGGCGCCAACUACGACUCGUGGAGCCAACCUGAGGUCAACAAGCCCGCGCUACUCGGCCCUCUCCAGGUGAGUAUUGUCGCAAUCAAGUACUUCACGGUGCUCCUCACCGACGCCUCGGCCAAAGGCAGCAUGAUCCACCCAGCUCAGUUCCGACUGUUUGUGGUGCAAGAAUGUGCUCGAGCGCAAGGCGUUCCGGACUGGAUCAAGUUUGCCACCGACGGCAACCUCAAGUCUGCCUAUCGACAGAUUGGCAAUGCGAUGCUGGAGGCGCUUGCCGUUGCAAUUGGUGAGUCGAUCACGUCCGCAAGGCUGUUGUAA